AGCUCAGCCAGGAAUACGGCACAGUUUUCACCAUCUGGAAAAUGUCAGAACCUGUGAUCGUUUUGUAUGGUUAUGAGACGGUGAAAGAAGCCCUUGUAGAUUAUGACGAUUUUUUCAAUGGACGACCAAAUAUCCCAGCCAUGCACGCCUUCAGCAAGGGAUACGAUAUUAAUGGACCACGAUGGCGCUCACUCCGGCGUUUCACCUUGGCAACUCUUAAGAAAUUUGGGAUGGAUAAUAAAGCCUUGAAGAUAAGAUUACUGUCAGAGUCCAAGUGUCUAAUCCAGGCUAUGUCAGAGACAAAAGGGAAACCCUUUAACCCAAGAAUAUUCAUGGCCUGUGCUUUGGGAAACAUCAUGAGUUCCGUGCUAUUUGGGGAGGAUUUUGAUUACAAGGAUGAGAAGCUGCAGGACCUUCUUGCGUAUACAUCCAAAUUUAUUACAGCGAUCAAAUCUCCACUAAGCACGCUCUGCAAUACUGUCCCAGCUCUUCUGAAGGUCCCGGUCAUCAGACAUCAAGUCCUUAAAAGAACAAACUGUAUUGCAACAUUUGUGACAAACUAUAUAAAGUAUCACAAAGAGACUUUGAAUCCAGAAUCACAGCGGGAUUUCCUGGACCAUUACCUGAUGAAGAUAAAGGAGGUGGAACAUGAGAUGGAUCCAGAUUUCUGUGACACCAGUCUCCUUGCAAUAGUUACAGGACUAUUAGCUGCAGCAACUCAUACGACGACUUCUACCCUAAAAUUCAGCCUUUUGCUCAUGGCCCAUUUUCCAGAGAUACAAGCUAAAGUGCAGCAGGAGAUAGACGAAUUGACCAAGUCCUUGCGUCCUCCUGAGAUCACAGACAAACCCAAUCUGCCGUAUACAAACGCUGUCAUCCAUGAAAUACAAAGAGUCCUCGACAUCACACCAACUGCACUUCACCAUGCCACCACUGAAGAUGUCAAGUUCAGAGGUUACACCAUCCCAAAGGGAACAACCGUGAUCCCCUUCAUCACCUCCGUCCUGAUGGACCCAUCUCAGUGGGAGACUCCAGAAGAGUUUAACCCCGGGCAUUUCUUGACUGAAGACGGGGAGUUCCGCACCAGGGCUGCCUUCUUGGUUUUCUCAGCAGGGAAGAGAGUCUGUCUUGGAGAGCACAUGGCCCGCACGGAAGUCUUCACGAUCUUCUCCGUGCUUCUCCAGAAAUUCACCUUCACCCUUCCCCCGGAGACAAAAUGUCAGGACGUUAUAUUUCUGAACGCAAACAAGGAUAAAAUAAUUGAAUCAGGCGAGAUUUGUGCUGAGCUUCGCUCCUUGUCCAAGUGACCACAUGCUGUCCAUCUAUACAUCAUAGAAGACAAUGAGAUGAAGUAACUCAAGAAGUCCUCCAGAGGGUCUGGGAUGAAAUCCACCUCUGUAUAUAGAGCUGGUAGCCAGGAAAGAUUUUCCACUUUUGACAUGUACAAUAUAAUCUAACUUGCAAACGGAAUAAAAUAAAAUGAUACUAAACCUCCAUACCUAUAUAUUUUCUAAAUGUUUUGAAAUUCAACACUUCAUCAGUGGUGGAAAUACAGUGCCUUUUAAAUGUUUGUCAUAUAGCAGUUGCUACAACAAAUUCCUGGGUCUGUUUGUGGUUAUCUAUCUUGAUGAUAUUUAAAUUUUUUUUUCUGACUGGGCCCCUCAUGGAAUGCUCGCGAAAAAGGUUUUUCAAAGAUUGAGGGAAAACCAGCUGUUGGCUAAAAUAAGUAAAUGUGUCUUUGGUGUAAGAGAAGUCUCUUUCCUGGAUUAUAUAAUAUCACCUCAAACAUUUUAUAUGGACCCAACUAAAAUACAAGCCAUUGUUGAUUGGGCUAGACCCACUUCCAUCAAAGCCCUUCAGACAUACCUUGGUUUUGCAAAUUAUUACAUCAAUAAUUUCAAUCAUUGCCAAUCUGCUUACUGACUUAACCAGGAGGGGGUGGAUCUUAUUCAUAGGUCCACUGACACAUCUGCUUUUGAAGCUCUGAAAGAGAGUUUCAUUCGUGCUCUGAUGUCACCAAACAAUUCAUUAUAGUAUUGAGGGGGAUGCUUCAGAGAUAGAAGUGAGUUGUAUUGUCUCAGUUAUCUUCCUUGACUAAUCU